GGGGGAAGGGGGGGGGUGGGCGACAGGGGAAGAGGUUAGCUGAAAGCUUGGGCAAUAGUUCCAUCCUCUCAGAUCAAAAACCAUGAAGGAAUCACCAGGCACAUUGCACAUCUGCCCCUCACUAAAGUCCUUUUUUUCCAACAAAGUUGGAAGCAUGCUUUGUCAUUGCAAUUCAUCAAACAAGAACAAGAGAUUAGAUUCAAAGCUGGAAAAGAAGAUGAUGGAAGCCAUCAAACACAGAGGUGCAUCAGGGAAGAAUACAUUCAGAUCGAUGGACAGCAUAAUCUUGAGGUUUCCUCAAUUCAAAGAGGAGUUGAGAAACAUCAAGUGUGUGUUUGUGCAGUAUGAUGAAGACUCGAAUGGAUUUAUUGACCGUGAGGAGCUAAAAAAAUGCUUGAGCAAACUGCAAUUACAACUGACAGAGAAAGAAAUGGAAGAACUGUUCCAUUCUUGUGACUUUGAUGACAGUGAAGGAAUCCAAUUCAAUGAGUUCAUUGUCCUCCUUUGUCUCAUCUAUCUCCUGAUGGAGCCCUUGAAAUCUUCGCACACUACAUCGAAGAUGGGAUCACCACAGCUCGAUGAAACUUUUGAUACAAUUGUUCAAGCAUUCUUGUUUUUGGAUAAAAAUGGAGAUGGUCAGUUGAACCACAAUGACAUGGUCAGGGCAUUGAAUGAGGGUUCUCCUUGGGAGAAAUCUCCUGGGCGCAUCACCAAGACACGUUUCAAGGAAAUGGACUGGAACAAGAGUGGAAAGGUCAGUUUUAAAGAGUUCCUUUUCGCACUAACCAAUUGGGUUGGGAUUGAUACUGAUGAUGAGAAAGAAAUCUCUAUUACAUGAGGGAUGCGGUAGAUGUAAAGCAAAAUGAAGCAAACAAGCUCUCUUAGGUGAAAUUGAGUUGAUGCAGUUCAUCCACAUGAUCUAUGUGCCAAAAUACUAUUUGAAAUGUGGCCUGUGCAUUGAACUCACUACUUUCUAUAGUUUCUUUAAGAUGGUGUAAGAUGAGACAUUCAAGCUAUAAUGUUUACCAAGAUAAUUAUUUGUUA